AUUCCACCCGGACGGCUUUCAGCGUUGCACGCCGGCAAAACCUGAAAACUCAGCUCACACAUGUAGUAGUGUAUCCUGACACUAAACUGUGCUUAAUGAGCCAGUGUUUUGCUAUGAGAUACGUCUAGUCGUUAAAAUGUCUAAAGCGUCAGACAGGGUGGAUGUGUCCGAGACACCUCCGCCUCCGAACUGGAUCCUGCAGCACCCAGCGUAUCGAGAAAUGAAGAAUCUGGAGGUCGGGGACAGCGCCCAGGUGCACGCAGCCUUCCUUGUGUACAUGGAUCUCGCUGAGGUGCGUCGGUGGAAAGAGGUGUCUUGUGUCAAGAGUCCUGAACUGCAGGUGGUUUUGUUGGAGGGGAGGGAGGAGGAAGGAGCACCCAUCCAGACUGUCCUUCCUCUGCCUGUUCACCAAUCUCUGUGCCACAAAAGCAUACGACACAUACUGGACAGAGGCUUUCCCAUGCUGCUGUGUGCCGUGGCAUCUGACUCCACUCUGGUCUACCAGAGGAUGACUGAUGGGUUGGUGACACCCGACCCUCCUGUAGGCCCCUUCCAGGAUGUGGGGCGCCGGCAACACCGGAAGAGACGGCAGCAGCGCUGAGUCAUUGGAGGAAGAAGAUGAUGAACCAUAGAGGGGCAGAGAGGGAGAGGCUGAAAGCUGGUCAGUCUGUCUGUAUGAGCUACCUUUAAGAUAAACACAAGGACUGACUGACACUAUGGAAGCAGGUGCAACUGGACUGGUCCAGGUGGUGUAUGUGGGUGUUAGGCCCGGCCUGUGGUUCCAUCUCAGUCAAUGAAGUCAGUCUGUUUGUGUUUCACAGUUAAUUGUCUUGUGACUCCUUAGUUGCUCCCAAACCUGCUGUGUUUUGGACGUUUGUUGUGCUUACUAUAAAGUUGAAUAGGUGCUCUUUGAAUGAAAUCAGGGAUGUGUUUACACAGCCCUGUACUGUAUGGGGUCACAUGCCUUCCUCAUGACCAUCAAAUAGUGCCUAAUGAGUUGGAUCCCAGGGCAUCCACAAAACAUUUCAGUUGCCUUACAAGAGUCCAACUGUCACUGGACUGAGGCUGGUACAGAUAUUGACAUUUGAAAUUUAUAUAAAAUGAUUAUCAAGAGAUUAUCAAAAGACACAAAUAUUUUUUGAUGAUUAAUGUAGCUAAAUGUGGCUACCAAGGAACUGUGGCUGUAAAGAACUACCAGACACAGUUAGUGUAUCUCUAAUAAAUGAAAAGUUUGUUUUUAAUCAUAUUUAGUUUUUUGCUUUUUAUUGUAUUAUUCCCUUUAAAAACAGAAGUACCUUAUUUUGAAAGGAUAACUGCAGGUUAAAAGUAAGCAGUACAGAACCUCAAGAGAUUAGCUACAAAUCUAGCUAACAGGGAGAGUGUAAUUUGACUUUAUUAUCUGUCGAAAGAAGCAACAAAUUUUAAAACAUUUUUGGUAUAAUUUUUUAUGUCUGAAGUUCGCUAACCUUGUGUAGCUUAGUAAUGUAAAGGAGUUUCAGUCAUCUGGUGUUGUAACGUUAAUUUAUCUUCCUGAGUUUGUUUGUUUACUUUUCCAUUUAGUUUGCUCUUAUCUGAGUUAAACAAAUGUUCAAAUAUUUUGUUGACUACCACACUUUACAGUUAGAAAAUAAACUUAUCAGUGCUCCCUGGUGGACAAAUUA